GGCGUUGUCCUCAAAUAACUUUUCUGUUGUGUAGAAGUCUGGUCACCCGUCGAAUAGUGUUUCCUCUUUUACGAAAACAGCAGUAAGUGAAGGUGCAGAUAGAUCAAGCAGGAGACGACAGGCAUCAACCACUUUCAUUUAGCUUGUCAACAGUACAUCGAAAUGGGAAAACAAAAGUUCCACCUCAACAUCGUGGUAAUUGGCCAUGUCGACUCCGGCAAGUCCACCACCACCGGCCAUCUGAUCUACAAGUGCGGAGGAAUCGACAAGAGGACCAUCGAGAAGUUCGAGAAGGAAGCCCAAGAGAUGGGAAAGGGUUCCUUCAAGUACGCCUGGGUGCUGGACAAACUGAAGGCUGAGCGUGAGCGUGGUAUCACCAUCGACAUCGCUCUCUGGAAGUUUGAGACCACCAAGUACUACGUGACCAUCAUUGAUGCCCCUGGACACAGGGACUUUAUCAAGAACAUGAUCACUGGUACCUCUCAGGCCGACUGCGGUGUGCUGAUCGUUGCUGCAGGUGUUGGUGAGUUUGAGGCCGGUAUCUCAAAGAACGGCCAGACCCGCGAGCACGCCCUGCUGGCCUACACUCUGGGUGUGAAGCAGCUCAUUGUCGGAAUCAACAAGAUGGACUCCACCGAGCCCCCUUACAGCCAGAAGCGUUUUGAGGAAAUCACCAAGGAAGUGAGCACCUACAUCAAGAAGAUUGGCUACAACCCCGCCACUGUUGCCUUUGUCCCCAUCUCUGGGUGGCAUGGAGACAACAUGCUGGAGGCCAGCGACAAGAUGAGCUGGUUCAAGGGAUGGAAGGUUGAGCGCAAGGAUGGUAAUGCCACUGGAAACACACUGCUGGAGGCUCUGGACUCCAUCUUGCCUCCAGCCCGCCCCACCGACAAGCCCCUUCGUCUGCCCCUGCAGGACGUCUACAAGAUUGGCGGUAUCGGAACUGUCCCCGUCGGCCGCGUUGAGACCGGUGUCCUGAAGCCCGGUAUGGUCGUCACCUUUUCUCCCCCCAACCUGACCACUGAGGUGAAGUCUGUGGAGAUGCACCACGAGUCCCUGGCCGAGGCUGCCCCUGGUGACAACGUCGGCUUCAACAUCAAGAACGUGUCCGUCAAGGAGAUCCGCCGUGGAAACGUGGCUGGCGACAGCAAGAACGACCCUCCAAUUGCAGCUGACAACUUUAGCGCCCAGGUCAUUGUUCUGAACCACCCUGGCCAGAUCAGCGCGGGUUACGCCCCCGUGCUGGACUGCCACACCGCUCACAUUGCCUGCAAGUUCGCCGAGCUCAAGGAGAAGAUCGACCGUCGUUCCGGCAAGGUGAUUGAGCAAAAUCCCAAGUUCAUCAAGUCUGGAGACGCCUCCAUUAUCAAACUGGUUCCACAGAAGCCCAUGUGUGUUGAGACCUUCGCCAACUAUCCUCCACUGGGGCGUUUUGCUGUGCGGGACAUGAGGCAGACCGUGGCCGUCGGUGUCAUUAAGGAGGUCGUGAAGAAGGACCUCACCGCCGGAAAGAUCACCAAGGCUGCUCUGAAGGCCGACAAGAAGAAAUGAAUUCUCAUGCGGGAUGUCCAACAACAAGUCCUGUCUCCGAAGCAACCCCCUCUUCAUCCCCACGUCGUCUUCUGGCUUAUGAAGAUGAAAAUGAUGAAAAGCCAUCGGAAAAGUUUCCGCCGAAAAGGAAGGCUUGUGCCUUUUAAGAAAACUAUUGGUUUGAAAGCAAAACAAUUAAAAUCUUAAAAUUGCCAAAUG